AUGUGCAGCACCAGUUGUGUUCGUUGCGAGCGCUGUCCAUUCAUUGCGGUCGAUUGCUUCGUUCGAGAACGUAGAAAGAAGGGCAGCGACACGAUCAUCGAGUCCGUUAGCAAUGCUUCCAUACUGUGCUCAUUCUCCUGCUUUAAGCAACGAUCGCAAAGUGGAAUGCCAUUUGACAAUUUUUGCCUCAACACUUAUUUUUGA